AUGAAAGCAGCAUCUGGUGCUUCAAGUUAUCCAAAGUUAACAUCUGCACUUCUAUCAAAGAUCUCCCAGCAAAUCCACGCAUUGCCACAUUCAGUCGUUCCGUUAUUGCCAACCAUUGCUCAAGACCCCAUCGACCAAUCCCUGUCUGAGUGGUUUCCAGUGUUACCAUCUGAUGUUCAGAAGAUUUUGAAGCACCACCAGUCAACAAAAACAAUCCAUGAGGCCACAUUCCCUGAUAGACAAACACCACAAGAAAAGAUUCUAAGUACACCAAGUCCAAAAAUGGCAGCGGUUCUUGUGCCUCUCUGCCAUCAAUCUGGUUUUCCAUCGGUUUUGUUUACUGUCAGAUCCUCGUUUGUUGGAACGCAUCAAAAUCAAGUGAGCUUCCCAGGAGGGCAUCUUGAAGAAGAUGAAACAGCACAGGCAGCUGCUGUUCGUGAAACGCAAGAAGAACUGGGGAGCGGAGUCGGGAAAAUAGAAAUUCUCGGAUACUGCUCUCCCAUUUAUGCGAUAACAGGAACAUUGGUGUUUCCAAUAUUAGGCUUUAUUGAAAGAGACGUGGAAAAUUUCCAACAUUUGUCACGAUGUGAAGCAGAAGUGGAUCAAAUUUUUUGUUUGUCUAUUGAUCAUUUGUUAAAUCCUAAAAAUCGUCGUGAAUCAACAGAGUUCCGAUUUGGGACUCAGCUGCUGAUGCCAUCGUUUCACGGGGGUCCAGAAAUCAUUUGGGGUCUAACGGGAAUGAUUCUCGAUGGGGUUUUGAGUCAAAUUCUAUCACGGGCAGUCUCGCCUUCAUCACUAUGA